GUGCCCUGCUGCUGUUGUCAACUUGUCAAGUCAAUAUACGAAAUGUGUCGAGGAAUAGUGAUCCAGAUUUUUGUGUGAUUUCUUGGCAAUUUAGCUUUAAAUUAGUUCCUAGGUGUAAAUUAAACAAAAUGCUUAGUAACACUGCCUAUAUAUCUUUAAUAUAUCUAACGUCGGCCUUAGUCCUGACGUUGGCCGGUCGGGAUUUUUAUCAAAUCCUGGGUGUAUCUCGUUCUGCAACCACAAAUGAAAUAAAGAAGGCAUAUAGAAAAUCAGCCAAAGCUCUACAUCCAGACAAAAAUCAAGAUGAUCCUGAUGCAUCGCAAAAGUUUCAAGAUCUUGGUGCAGCCUACGAAGCCUUAUCGGACCCUGAAAAACGGGAGCUAUAUGACCGCUGCGGUGAAGAAUGUCUGAAGAAAGACGGUAUGAUGAAUAAUAACGACCCGUUCGCAAGUUUCUUUGGUGAUUUCGGCUUCCACUUUGGUGGAGAGCCACAACAACACGAAACGCCACGAGGGGCCGACAUUGUAAUGGAUCUCACUGUCACCCUAGAAGAACUCUAUAACGGCAAUUUCAUAGAAAUAACCCGAAACAAACCUGUAAUAAAGCCAGCAUCAGGAACACGUAAAUGUAACUGCAGACAAGAGAUGGUGACUCGGAACUUGGGGCCAGGGCGAUUCCAGAUGAUGCAACAGACUGUGUGCGAUGAGUGUCCCAAUGUGAAGUUUGUUAAUGAAGAGAGGCUACUCGAAAUUGAGGUGGAAGUGGGUGCACCAGACGGUCACAAGUCCAGGUUAAGAGGAGAAGGAGAACCACACAUGGACGGAGAGCCGGGAGACUUGAUCAUAGUGUUUACAACAGAGAGACAUCCACACUUCACUCGCAAAGGAGAUGACCUGUACACCAAUGUCACUAUCUCGCUACAGGAUGCACUUACUGGAUUCACAAUGGAAUUAGUACACCUAGACGGUCACAAAGUGUCUAUAUCCCGUGACAAAGUGACUUGGGCUGGUGCUCGUGUCCGCAAGAAGGGAGAGGGCAUGCCUAACUUUGAAAACAACAACCUCCAUGGAAAUCUUUAUGUCACAUUUGAUAUUGAUUUCCCUAAACAGGACUUUACUGCUCAAGAAAAAGAAGCACUCCAGAGAAUACUUAAACAAACACCAAAUAACAAAGUAUACAAUGGACUAUAGUAGCCAUAUUGCCAAUUUAAUUUAUUUAAGUAGUUUAAUGAGUGCAAUGGUAUGAACAAAGUCUGUUUUGUGUGAAGGAUUUUUCGUUACCUGUGAAUGCAUGUGAUUGUUUUUAUAUAAUAAAACAUUCGAAUUGUAAA